UCUCGUUCCAAAGAUGGCUGCCAACAGUUUCGGAAAGUUUUUCAAAUAUGUUGGAAGUAAGGAGUUUAGACAGUAUUUGUGCAGCACUCAUUUCUGGGGUCCUGUGGCCAACUGGGGGCUCCCCCUAGCAGCAAUAGCAGACACUAAAAGGAAUCCAGAAAUGAUAAGUGGAAAAAUGACUUUAGCUCUCUCAAUUUACUCCAUGUUAUUCAUGAGAUUUGCCUGGAAAGUACAGCCAAGGAAUUUACUACUAUUUGCGUGCCAUUUUUCCAAUGAAUGCGCACAACUAACACAGGGCUCUAGGUUUAUCAAAUAUUAUUACCUCUCAUCUGAAGAAGAACAAGAAGCAACAAGGGACUUUUUUAAACAGAAAGAACUAAAAGAAAAAUUAGAAAAAGAAGCCAAAAAGCAAGCUCAAAAACUUGCGGCGCAGGCUCAAUAAUGAUACCGAAUAAUAGGUUUUAUGGAUUAAUUCUGAAUGCAAUUUACUGCUCGUAUUACAGAUUUGACUGUAUGCUGUUUACAGAUUUGACUGUAUGCUGUAUUACAGAUUUGACUGUAUGCUGUAUUACAGAUUUGACUAUAUGUAAUUGGUAACUUUCAUUUUUGCUUAGUUGUUCAGUGUUUUAUUUGUAUCCAUGACAACCUGGUUUUGAGGUUAUUAUUUCAUCAUUGUCUCCCAGGCACUUAUAU